AUUUUCAUCUAAAGUCGAGUAUGUUUCAUUGGCACUAGUUAGAGGUACACUGGAAUAACUAUUAACGUUUUCACGUUAAAUUACUAUUAAAACUCAAAAACUAUAGAAAGUGAGCGUCACAGCACGCAGCCCUUAAUACCAGUGAUAUACUGUUCACACAAUUCACAAGUUUAUAACAUAGCGCAGUAAACCUUAUAAAAAAUGCAAAUACAAAAAUUAACAACAAAGGGAAUAAUAAUAAUAAUAAUAAUAAAUUGCACCCCGUGGAGAAUAUUGGCUGGCUACUCGCAUCAGAGCCCAGGAUCAUUAAAGGCGAAGGAAAAUUUUGUUUAUUUUAUCAGCGGUUGGUCCAUUUAAAGUGUUUAAAAUUUAACUGAAAAUUGACACCUAGGUCCAACUGUUACUCCUUGCCUAGCAUUGGUGUGUCUCUGGCGUCAAUCGCUUCAGACAUAAAGAAUUAGGUGAUAGGUUAACCUCUGUAAAAUAGGAUAAGCAUGCAGACUUGCCCAUGGCAGGUCUUGGAAAUGACCCUUUCUCACGGACUGUGUAUGGGCAGGGCUCUGGGGCUGACUGCCGUCGCCACGUGCAGAAGCUCAAUGCCCUACGAGGAGAGGUCCUGCAAGCUGAGGACAUGCGGGCCUCAUUGCCACGGAAGCAGGAGGCCAGUGAAACAAGGAAGUCAGCAGAUGAACCCACAAAUGGUGGGGAUCAGCUGGUGGAGGGUGUUAAGACCAGCUGCUGGAGCAAAUACCUGGAGAGUAAGGUUGACAGGGUGUUACAGGAGGAACCUGAAGAGGAAGAGAAUGUUUACACUGACAGAGAAGACUUCGCAAUCUUCAGAAACGCAUACAAAACUAACUCUAGGAAACAUCAGAGAGGAUGGAGCUCAUCUUUUGGGCAGUCGCCCCAUCUUGACCCCAGAGAAGUUCACCAUCCUCGGAAGAGAGCGAAGAAGCAAAAGAGGGAGCUGGACCAAGAUCUCCAGAGUAACCGAAGGGUAUCAGGGAAGGUUUCUCCAAGAGAUUCAACUACAAACACGACACUUCCUGCGGCUGAAGCUUCAGCUUUUAGCAGGCAGUCUUUUGUAGCGGAGCCUCCUCCCCAGCUUGUAGCUAGUGAAAGGGCGGUACAGAAGAUGACCUCCAACUGGGCCAGGUUCCUGGCUCAAUCCUGUGACGGUGAAGAGGCAAAGGAAAGCAGUGAUGUACAGGAGGACAGCUGCUCCGAUAAGGCCGGAGCUAUUGUAAUCGAGGGCAGUUCCAGGGUGGUUUCAGCCCAAGCAGCUGUGGGACAUGAUCUCAGCCGUGCAUUGGGCAGUGACGGCGGGAGUUUUGCUACCAGGGGUCUUGCAGACAUAUCUGCUCCACGGACAGGAAGCAGUUGGGCUGGGGUGCUCCACUCGCUUUUCCAAACAGAAGAUGACUUUGACGACACAUUUUAGUUUUCAGUUUCAUCCACUGGCCUAAGUAUUUGUGCCUAGCUUGUUAUUUGCAAGGAUGGGUGUAUAUUGAACACCUCUAAGGACUUUUAAAAUAGGAUAUUGAUUUAACAGAAAUAAAGAGACCUUAUUGCUUCA